UGUUCGGUGCUUUUUGCUCUCUCGUCCAUUGCCAUCCAAUCUGAUUCUCUUCUUCUCUGCUUCACUCACUCAAUUCCUGCGGCACAACCUCCUCCCUCCGAUGACGACGACGUCGUUCGGCGCCUCUAACGCCGCCGUCUUUAUCGACCCAACCAUCCAGAUUCAUACCUUUCAUGGCCUCAAAUCCACCACCUCCCUCGCUUUGGCCAGACAUGUCCGCUUCUUCGCCCCUUCUUCGUCUCCUUCUUCCUCCUCUUCUUAUCCUCUCCUCGUCCGCGCCGUCUCCACGCCGGCAAAGCCUGGUGUUGCAGCUGAGCCGAAGCGUAGUAAGGUUGAAAUUUUCAAAGAACAUAGCAAUUAUAUAAGAUACCCUCUUAAUGAGGAGUUGUUGACAGAUGCCCCUAACAUAAACGAGGCUGCCACACAAUUGAUCAAAUUUCAUGGGAGCUAUCAGCAGUAUAACAGAGAAGAUCGAGGACAGAGGUCUUAUUCGUUCAUGCUUCGUACCAAGAAUCCUUGUGGGAAAGUGUCAAACCAGCUGUACUUGACAAUGGAUGAUCUUGCUGAUCAUUUUGGAAUUGGGACGCUUCGUCUAACCACCAGACAAACAUUUCAGCUACAUGGAGUUCUCAAGAAGGAUCUGAAGACAGUUAUGAGCACCAUUAUUCGGAGCAUGGGUUCAACGCUUGGUGCGUGUGGUGACCUUAACAGGAACGUUCUUGCUCCUGCUGCCCCACUUGUGAGAAAAGAUUACCUUUUUGCCCAGCAAACUGCCGAAAACAUUGCUGCUUUAUUAACUCCUCAAUCAGGAUUUUAUUAUGAUAUGUGGGUAGAUGGGGAGAAAUUCAUGUCGGCAGAACCUCCAGAAGUGGUCGAGGCCCGUAAUGACAAUUCUAAUGGAACAAAUUUUGAGGAUUCUCCUGAGCCUAUAUAUGGAACUCAAUUUCUCCCUAGAAAAUUUAAAAUUGCAGUGACUGUUCCAGUCGACAACUCUGUAGACAUUCUCACAAACGAUAUUGGUGUUGUCGUCAUUUCUGAUGCUGAGGGGGAGCCUCAAGGGUUCAACAUAUAUGUUGGAGGGGGCAUGGGAAGAACUCAUAGACAAGAGACCACCUUUCCACGUUUGGGAGAGCCAUUAGGAUACGUUCCCAAGGAGGAUAUUCUAUAUGCAGUUAAAGCUAUUGUUGUCACGCAACGUGAAAAUGGUAGAAGAGAUGAUCGCAAAUAUAGUAGACUAAAAUACUUGAUCAGUUCCUGGGGGAUUGAAAAAUUUAGGAGUGUUGUGGAGCAAUAUUAUGGGAAGAAAUUUAAACCUUUCAGGGAAUUACCAGAGUGGAAGUUUGAAAGUUACUUGGGGUGGCACGAGCAGGGUGAUGGUCACUUAUAUUGUGGGCUACAUGUUGAUAGUGGUCGUAUUGCUGGGCAAAUGAAGAAGACAUUGAGGGAGGUGAUAGAGAAAUAUAAUUUGGAUGUUCGUAUCACCCCAAAUCAAAACAUCAUCUUGACCAACAUUCGCAAUGCAUGGAAGCGUCCCAUUACUACAGUUCUUGCACAAAGUGGUUUGCUGCAACCAAGGUAUGUAGAUCCCCUGAACUUAACUGCGAUGGCAUGUCCAGCUAUGCCACUUUGCCCUUUGGCAAUAACAGAAGCCGAGAGAGGAAUUCCAGACAUCCUUAAGCGAGUUCGAGCUGUAUUUGAAAAGGUUGGUCUCAAGUACAGCGAAUCCGUUGUUAUUAGGAUAACUGGUUGCCCAAAUGGUUGUGCUAGGCCUUAUAUGGCUGAACUUGGAUUAGUAGGUGAUGGUCCAAACAGCUACCAGUUAUGGCUUGGGGGAAAACCCAAUCAAACGUCAUUGGCAAGGACUUUUAUGGAUAAGGUUAAGAUCCAUGACCUUGAAAAAGUCUUGGAACCCUUAUUUUAUCAUUGGAAGCGCAAACGACACUCUAAAGAAUCAUUUGGAGACUUCACGAACCGCUUGGGAUUUGAGAAACUUAAAGAGCUGGUUGAAAAAUGGGAUGGUCCUGUGCUUGCACCAGCACGAUACAAUCUGAAGCUUUUUGCUGAUAAGGAUACGUUUGAGGCCAUGGAUAACCUUGCAAGGCUUCAGAAUAAGAAUGCUCAUCAAUUAGCAAUGGAAGUCGUUCGCAACUACGUGGCUGCUCAACAAAAUGGGAGGAAUGAAUGAUUUGGGUUUAUCAGUCUGUUGAAUGUUCAAGUAAGGUUCUUGCAAAUGGCUUGACAAGUUCCUGGAAAGAUCCUAGCACUCUUUUUUCAUAGAGAAAAGAGAACCAAAAGAUGAAGAUAAAAGCAAUAGAAAACAAAGAUUCUUUCACUAUGAGAAAAUGGUACUCUAGAAAUGAUGUCCCACAGAACACUUCUGGGUCCCAAAUUAUACACAUCAUGUGUGCAGUGAAACUUGCAUGAGAAGUUCAAAGCUUGUCAUCUUCUGAUUUUUUCUCUCUCUAAUCAAUCAAUAUUUUUGGUUGACGAGAAGGGAGUAUUAUUGAAACUUUCUGAUAUUUUUUAUUUAAGCCUAAGCUUUCUAUACCCAUGAUCUUUUUCCUAAUGUAGGAUUCCAACCCAUUCUCAACAAUCCUCCCUUCGAACAAAGUACACUAUAUAACCUCCUUUCUACAACCCUCGAACAAAGUAUACUCUUUGUUCGACACCUGAGUCACUAUGACUACACUUUCAAGGCUCACAACUUUUUUGUUCGACACUUGAAGAUUCUAUUAGCAUGACUAAGUUACGAUAAAGACAUAGUUUUGAUACCAUGUUAGAAACAACGGAUCUCCAUAGUGGUAUUAUAUUGCCUACUUUGAGUAUAAGCUUUUAUAGUUUUGCUUUUGAUUUGGCCCAAAAGGUCUUUACCAAUUAAGAUAGUGUCUCUUACUUGUAUACCCAUGAUCUUCCCCCAUGUGAGACUCCAAUCAAUCUCCCAUCCAAAAAAAGACAUCCAAAUAAAGACGGAACUUUAUUUUCCUUUCAUCUUUUGAUCAACUUUGUGAACUUUUUCUUAUGAAAGACUGUUUAAAUUUUCCUUUUUCUUGUUCAUCUUUUGAGAGAACUAUCCCACUACUAUAAAUUCUCAUCUUCUUCCACAAAAAUGUUCAUAAACUCCUUCCCAACCCCCAAAACACACUUGAUCUUCAACACAAAAUCCCCAUUUCAGCUCUUCCAAAAAUGGCAUGUGGAAGGAGAAGAAGUUCAUGUUCCAAAUCAGCCUCAUCCCACACUUUAGACAACGAUGAAUAUGAUAUAGUGGAGAAAGGCAAAGAUGAUCUUUUAACCUGGAACAUCCCAACUCUUCCCACUUCCAAAAUCUACAAAACAAACCUCUUCACUCACUUUUCUCGUAAUUCCCUUCUCAAAACCAAAGAAGGGAAUAGCCCUCUAAGCAAAGGCGGUGGAUAUCUAAACUUGAUUCGUGAAGACGAUGACUUAUGGCAUCUCCAAAACAAGUACCGCACAAUUCACAUUGGAAUGGUUCAAAUUGGAGUCAAGGCCUUAACAAGAGGACCCUUGAAUGCCAAAGUGCUUUUGUGCCUUAGAGAUGCAAGGCAUCGCAAUUUACAAGAUUCCCUUUUGGGGAUGGUGGAGGCCAAUUUGAAAGAUGGCCCUCUUUACUUCAAUGUCUUCCCUAACAUUGUGGAAUCUCUUUCUGCCCCUCGGCUGGAUGAUUUGUUGUUUUUGAAUGCUAAAGUUAGAGAGUUUGAGCAGCUCCCUGAAGGUCCCAAGAACAUUGUGGUGAUGUAUAGAGUUUGUUACAAAGUCCUUAAACCUGGAGUUGAGACACGAGUUUUGCUUAAGACUCCUUCAAAUGGAAAAACAAUCUUUUUUCAGACUGAUUUUGAGACUGCUAUGAAUGAUUUUGAGCAAGGAGUUACUGUGUGGAAUGAAGUUCAGCUGCCCGAAAACUGGCCGACGCCAUGUUCUAAAUCGUACUAGGUGACAGAAUUCUUUUACGCUUAAGUUAUGAUCCAUCUCGAUGUCGUUCCCUGCCUGUUAACACUCCUACUUGGUGGCAUGAGAUGGCAGAUGUGUUCUUUUGACCUAUGUGUCUAUUGUUUGUGUUUUUGUGUCUGAAAUUUGUGCUCUUUUUGGGCUCCCUCUGUGUUGUGUUCGAACUUUAUGAAUUCUGCAUGUGUAUAUAUUAUUA